GAGUAACGGAGGAUACACUAAGGUUUCUAUGACGGGGGGGGGAAGUCACCUGGGAGAGUGCUACUCAGCUCUGAUAUAUAAGACUGAGCAGAUCAGAAGGGGGCCAUGAAACAGCUCCAGAAGUCAGAGAGAAGAAGGAGGACGCCAGUCAGCCCACCUCACAAUUCCUCCCUCUAACGCUGAACAGAAAGGAGCACAGAGGCUCAAACAAUGAAAAGUGCUCAGUCUCUUGCUGGACUCCUGCUCCUCAUCAUCAUCCAAACCAGCUGGCAGGUGCCAGACCAGGACACAGACCGAAAUUCUGUGUUACUGAGUGAAAGCUCAGCGCUCAAUGAACCCAUUGAGCUCCCAAACAUGAAGAGGCACUCAGAGGGAACGUUUUCCAAUGACUACAGUAAAUACCUGGAGACAAGAAGAGCACAAGACUUUGUCCAGUGGCUGAAAAACUCAAAAAGGAAUGGGAGUCUAUUCAGACGCCAUGCAGAUGGGACCUACACCAGUGAUGUGAGCUCUUACCUGCAGGACCAGGCGGCCAAGGAGUUUGUGUCCUGGCUGAAGACCGGACGAGGCAGAAGAGAAUAAAGUCAUACUAAGCGCUCCCCCACCUGUUAGCAUUCUCAAAACUAAUACUACUUGCAACAAUUUUUUCAACUGAUUCUUCGCCAUUGUAUAUGUUUCACAAUCUGUACAAUACUUUUUCCUGGUAUUGCUAUUAAAAUCCCUUCACAAAAAGCCCUACUGGCCUUCAGUGGUUGAAGGAACAUUAUUAAAAUGCUAAACUUUUCAAACUGCAUCUCUUUCACAUUUAGUCAUUUUCAUCUUCCUGUUCAGAUUAAUUUGUAAGAAUAUGUUGCAGAUGACUUUUGGUCUUUCUUAG